AUUUAACAAUCACGCCAAACCAAACGGCGCCAUCCACAGAGAGAGACUCGAGUCCAGACACCAGACUGCGAGGGAGUGCGAGGCGAGUUUGGUGUUGUUGGCCGUUGGAUUUCAAAAUCAAUGGAAGAGCGAAACGUCGAAGAUGAUACUAACAACAAUCCUCAAACCACAGUGGAAAACUUCAAUCAGAUCGUCCACUCUGUUUCUUCUUCUUCUUCUUCCAACCCAACCCAACAACAACAAGAAGAUCAAGAACAGUCAAUCGAAGCAACUGAAGAAGCAGAGUUGAACAGACUUCUGGUUCCAGAUGUGCUCGAUCUUCCUCUCACUCCUCCCUCCGCUGUUGAUUCCAACUUCGUCCCUUACUUCGCCCCAGACUUCAUCAAACCAGGACAUGAUCAGUAUGUUUAUCGUCAUGCCAAUGGCUUGUGCGUGAUCGGAUUGGCACCUACACAUCUGGCCCAUAAGGAUGAAGGAGGAGUUACGGCUGUUGAUUUCAAUGUAGGAAAAUCUGAUCGGAGUGGGAUUAAAGUGACGGGGAAGCGAAAGAAGAAUGCACAACAUUUUGAAUCCAACACAGCUUUGUGUAAAGUGUGCACUAAAGAUGCUUCUUACAUUGUCAGGUGCUGUGUAAAAGGAUCUCUACUUGAAGUGAAUGAUAGGUUAAUCAAGCAACCGGAACUGCUUAAUUCAGUGGCAGAUAGAGAAGGAUAUAUUGCAAUAAUGAUGCCAAAACCAGCUGAUUGGCUUAAAGCCAAGGCUUUGUUGAUGGGCGUUGACAAGUACAAGAAACUGAGAGAGCCUCUUUGACCCAUUUUGACAGAUUGCAAUAAAAUACCCAUCUCCAAAUUAUUUGAUCAGGUACUGUGCUUGCUUUUAUUGUUAUUUUUUUUUGGCACUUCAAUGUAUAAAAGUAAUUUAUUGGAGGUUUUCCUCAAUUUUGGUAAUCUCAAAUUAAUUUCAUGUAACAAUCUGUUUUUACACAUUAUGAAUUAUCUAAUUAUGUUUGAAGCUUAAAA